AUGCUUGUCCGUGUUGCUCUCCUCGCGUUGCUGGUUGCUGCCACGGCGCACGGAGCGCUUUACACUAAGGGUGGGAUGGUGAUGCCGUCGCCGGCGUCUGAGAAGAUUCCUGGGCAGCACAUUGUGGUUUUCCAUGCCAAUGCUUCUGACGAGCAGGUGGCGCGGCACAUGUCGGUGCAUGCGGCCAUGGGCGAGGUCAUGCACGAGUAUAACAUGGCUGGCGGGGCGUUCCGUGGGUACGCUGCCAAGUUUAACGAGGAUCAGAUCAUGAUGGUGGCUGCAGACGAUGCGGUCGAGUUUGUCGAGGCUGACCAGACCAUGCACAUGCAGCAGAGCUGCGAGCGGCAGAUCGAGGCGACGUGGAACCUGGCGCGGACGAACCAGCGCAACCUGGACCUCAACGGGCUGUAUGUCUACCACACCGGGAUCGGCGAGGGCGUGAACGUGUACGUCAUCGACACCGGGAUCUACGUCGACAACGUUGACUUUGAGGGUCGCGCCGAGCUCGGCCCGACCUUUGUGCCCGGCUCCACGUCGUCGGUCGACGGCAACGGACACGGGACGCACGUGGCGUCGAUCGCCAUCGGCAAGACGUGGGGUCUUGCUAAGGGCGCAACAGCAGUCGGCGUGCAGGUGCUUGGUGCCGACGGCUCUGGCUCCAACUCGGGCGUCAUUGCCGGCAUCGACUGGUGCGCGACUGACUUUGAAACCAAGAAGAAGGCGAACCCCAAGCUUCCGGCGUGGGUGGCCAACCUUUCGCUUGGCGGCGGGUACUCGUCGGCGACGAACCGCGCGGUUGAUGCGCUGGUGAAGGCCGGCCUUGCCGUUGCCGUCGCCGCUGGCAACGACAACCGCGACGCCUGCAGCUACUCGCCGGCGUCAGCGUCGGAUGUGCUCUCGGUCGGCUCGACCGACUCGCGCGAUGACCGCUCGUUCUUUUCCAACUAUGGCCGCUGCGUCGACAUCCUUGCCCCUGGCUCGGAUAUCUCCGCUGCCUGGAUCGGCAAGUAUGCGACCAACACCAUCUCGGGCACCUCGAUGGCCUCACCUGGUAUGGCCGGCAUCAUGGCCAAGAUCGCCUCGACCUUUACCUCCUACCCCGGUGCGCAGGUCCAGGACGCCGCCAUCUCCAUCGCCACCUCGGGCAAGCUCCACGACCUCAACGGUUCCCCGGAUCUUCUUGGCUUCUCCGACUGCUCGUAA